UGCUGCUGCAACAAACCAACGAAGAAGAGGAGGAAGAAGACAAACAGGAAGUGUUAUGGUGCAAAGUAAAUUUUUCAAAAUGUCGAUUGUUUUCGUGCCAAAGAAAUUACGUGGAAAAGCGAAAAUUAACCAAGAAACAAUACAAAGGCUGCUGGAUGAAAAUGACCAAUUAAUCCGAUGCAUCGCUGAAUACAUGCAGAAAGGACGAGCGGUGGAGUGUGUACAAUACCAACAGAUCCUGCAUCGUAACAUUGUCUAUCUGGCAACCAUAGCUGAUGCCAGCCCAGACUCGGUGGCCCCUGCUUCAAGUUCUACAUCCAGUGAAGCCUCAGCAACUGCUGUGAAUGAACAUGGAGGGACAUGAAGAUCGCUGCCUCUGUCUGUGGAGUUGGGAUUUAUAUUUUAAUAUUUGAUGUCAAGAAUUAUUUUGCAUAACUAAGUAUUUAGAAGAAGUUUUACUCUUCCCAAUCAUGUUUCCCAUUUCAGGUUUACCUGUGUUAUUGUUCAGUAAUACCACCGGAUAUUUAUUAUGCACGAGGAGAUUCUGUGAAUACCAAGUGGCAUUCUUUGAUACCAUUUGGUUUGUACAUUAAAGAGAGAUUUGCUAUUUUUGGAA